UCUCUCGCUCUCUCGGUCUUUUGGACUCUGUUGCUUUCCGUUAUUUCAGGAAGUGUUUGGAAGGUUCUGUUUGUGCAGUGUGUUUAGAACAUUAGGCUAUUUACUGUUUACAGUAGGAUAUUUACUGUUUAACGUGAACGAAAGUAUCGUCUGAAAAUGUCUGGGGGAACCCGCUUGGAAAACGCAAACCCUGUGAUAUUCCAGCGGUCGGGGGAGAGACUACUGACGGCGUCCGAAGAGGACGAAGACGUCCACGACCCCAUCGACGACAGAGAAAUAUUUGAUCUGAUCAGAUCCAUCAACGACCCAGAGCAUCCUCUGUCUCUAGAGGAACUCAACGUUGUAGAGCAAGUCAGAGUCAAGGUUAAUGAUGCAGAGAGCACUGUGAGUGUGGAGUUCACACCCACCAUCCCCCACUGCAGCAUGGCAACACUCAUUGGUCUGUCAAUCAAAGUGAAGCUGCUACGUUCACUACCAGACAGGUUCAAAAUUGAUGUCUGCAUCACUCCUGGGACUCACACCUCUGAGGUAGCAGUGAACAAGCAGCUGGCAGACAAAGAGAGAGUGGCAGCAGCUCUCGAGAACUCCUCUCUGCUGGAGGUGGUCAACCAGUGCCUGUCCACCAGGAGCAUCUGAGCAGCCAGUCAGUGUUGUCGUCUUCUACUUCAGCCACUGUUUAUCUCAGAAAAACUCUCUGUAGAGCCAUGUUUGGCUGUUUCUUUGACAACUGAGAUGUGUCUGCAAAGAUUCCUGUCCUCCCAUCCCCUGUCCUCUUAUGAAUGGCUGCAGCUGCUGGACAGAAAUGCAGCAAAACAAAAUCAGGAUCAUACAGAUUAACAAAGCCCCAGUGUUUCCAGGAGGAAGGGAGAGUGAAAUUGAGAUGUUGACUGUGUCCACCUAAGGAUAAUAAUAUAAACUGUUAUUUUGGACAAGGCAGAGAAGCCAGUUUAUUAUCAGGGAAUUUGAGAAACUCUGCCCAUUAUGUUUUCCAUACACUGUUAUUUUUAUUUUAUGUUAUGAACUUUGUGUUGUAACAUGCAAUUAAGCAUUAUUAGAAUAUUCGGACUCCUCAUCCAGUCAGCAGCAACAGUCACUUCCUGUAUAUACUUGUAAUGCUUUUGAAAUUGUAAUAAAACUGUACACACCACUAAUGAAAAUGAAA